ACCAUCUAUUUAUACACACUCAUUUUCCCACACCCUCCUUACCAUCUUCACUUCCCUACUUUUAAACCCAAUAUUUUUCCUCCUCCUCUUCUCUUUUAAAUCCAUUAAAUCUCUGAGAUUUAUACUUUAAUCUAAUGGUUAUCUUUAGCUUGGGAUCUCGUGGAGGCAGUUUCAAAACCCCGAAAACAUAAUAGAAAUGGCCAACAAGAAAGGAGCUAAUGCAGUCGUGUUGUUCGUGUUUAUGUUCUUGAUCAAUUUUGUUGUGUCUGAAUCCCACAAUGGUAGAGAACUUGAACUUCUUUUGUCUUUCAAGUCUUCAAUAGUCCACGACCCUUCUGGUUUUUUAUCAAACUGGGAUCCUUCAGCCACCACCUUUUGUCAAUGGCAUGGCAUCACUUGUAAUAACCUGUCCCAUGUUGAAACACUCGAUCUUUCAGCUAAAAACUUGUCUGGGAUUUUAGUUUCUUCGUCGGUUUUCAAUUUACCUUUCGUUAAAACCUUCAAUCUCUCAAACAAUCACUUGUAUGGUGAAAUCCCACCAGACAUCUUUUUUGCCAACUCUUCACUUCGGUACCUUAACCUUAGUAAUAAUAAUUUCAGUGGCCAUAUCCCAAAUGGUUUCAUUUCGGGUCUUGUGAUUUUGGAUCUUUCAAACAAUAUGUUUUCCGGGAAAAUCCCGAGGGAAAUCGGAUUAUUUUCCGGUUUAAAGUUUCUUGACCUUGGUGGGAAUGUUUUACUUGGGAAAAUUCCUAUCUCGAUAUCCAACAUUACCACUUUGAAGUACUUGACUUUGGCUUCCAAUGAAUUGGUCGGUUCAAUUCCACAAGAAAUAGGCAAAAUGAAGAGUUUGAAAUGGAUAUACUUGGGGUACAACAAUCUCAGUGGUGAAAUUCCAAAAGAAAUAGGUGUUUUAACAUGCUUGAAUCAUCUUGAUCUUGUUUACAAUAACCUCACAGGUCAAAUCCCAUCUUCCAUUGGUAACCUUAAAGAUCUUAACUAUCUUUUCCUUUACCAAAAUAAGCUUACGGGAUCGAUCCCAAACUCCAUUUUCGGCCUUAAAAAGCUUGUUUCUCUUGAUCUUAGUGAUAAUUCAUUAUCCGGUGAGAUACCGGAACUCGUAGCUCAACUUCGAAACUUGGAGAUUCUCCAUCUUUUCGGGAAUCGAUUUUCGGGUCGAAUCCCAAAUGCUUUAACUUCAUUACCUAAUCUUCAAGUUCUUCAACUUUGGUCCAACAGAUUUUCAGGUCAAAUUCCACAAAGUCUUGGAAGAUAUAAUAAUCUCACCGUUGUUGAUCUUUCCACCAACAAUCUCUCCGGUCGAAUACCGGACGGACUUUGCAGCUCCGGUUGUCUUUUUAAGCUCAUUCUUUUCUCGAAUUCACUUGAAGGUGAGAUUCCAAGGAAUUUGAGCACUUGCACCAGUUUGCAACGAGUUAGGCUCCAAAACAACCGUCUUGUAGGUGAAUUGUCCUUUACAAAGCUGCCAUUAGUGUACUUCUUGGAUGUCUCGAACAACAAUCUUUCCGGCAACAUCGGAGAGCAAAACUGGGAUAUGCCGUCGCUUGAGAUGUUGAGUUUGGCCGGAAACAGGUUUUCAGGCAAGUUGUUGCCUCAUUUAUUGAAUGCACCGAAGAUUGAGUUCUUGGAUUUGUCGGGAAAUGAAUUUUCAGGUACCAUUAAUCCACGUUUUGGGACCUUAACGGAGUUAAUGCAAUUAAGCUUAAGUGAAAACAAGCUGAGUGGUGAAAUCCCGGAGGAUUUAUCUUCAUGCAAGAAGCUUGUACGUUUAGAUUUAAGCCAUAAUCAACUCAGUGGUCAAAUUCCAUCUGGCUUAGCCGACAUGCCGGUCCUUGGUCAUCUUGACUUGUCGGGGAACCGGUUAUCCGGUGAAAUACCGGCAAAGUUGGGACAAAUUGAAUCAUUGGUUCAAGUGAAUAUCUCUUACAACCAUUUAACUGGUGCUUUACCAUCCACCGGGGCUUUUCUAGCUAUAAAGGAAAGUGCGGUUGCCGGUAAUGAUCUUUGCGGCGGCGACACCACGAGCGGUUUACCGCCAUGCAAGAAGCUUAAGAAUCGAGCCAAUUGGUGGCCCUUUAUGGCUUGUUCUUUCGCCGGUUUACUGUUGCUUGUCAUUACUGGGUUUGGAUUUUUGUUCAUGAGAGGAAGGAACAAUUUGGAGCCUAAAAGAGUUGAAAAUGGAGACGGAUCGAUGUGGGAAUUACAGUUCUUUGAUCCCAAGGUUUCGAAAUCUGUAACAAUGGAUGAUAUCACACUUGCUUUGAAAGAAUCAAAUGUUAUUUCUAGAUGCAAGGAAGGCGUUUCAUUUAAAGGGAAGUCCGUUUCAAAUGAUUUGCAAAUCGUCGUCAAAGAAAUGCACCAUGUCAGUUCAUUUCCGGCGAGUUUUUGGUCUGAAAUCACAGAAUUCGGCAAGCUUCAGCAUCCGAAUAUCGUGAAAUUAAUCGGAAAAUGCCGGUCGGACAAGGGUGCGUAUUUGGUUUACGAGUACGUUGAAGGGAAACUUUUAAGCGAAAUCCUUGGCAACUUAAGCUGGGAGAGGCGGUGGAAAAUUGCUAUCGGGACUGCGAAAGCUCUACGUUUUUUGCACUCUCGUUGUUCGCCGAGUGUACUCGUCGGAGACAUGUCGCCGGAGAGAAUUAUCAUCGAUGCAAAAGAUGAACCUCGGCUACAAUUCAUCUUCCCUUUCGUUGACAACCAGCCCUUCCUUCCUUCCUCCUACGUUGCACCAGAAGCUAGAGAGAAUAAAAAAAUGAAUGAAAAGAGUGACAUAUAUGGAAUGGGUCUGAUUUUAAUAGAACUAUUAACGGGAAAAACUCCGGCAGAUGCUGAAUUUAAAGUGCAAUAUUCAAGCAUGGUGGAGUGGGCUCGUUAUUGCUACUCAGAUUGUCAUCUUGAUAUGUGGGUUGAUCCUGUUAUUAAAAGCCAAGCAUCCAUCAACAACCAGAACCAGAUCGUUGCCGCCAUGAAUUUAGCUCUCCAUUGUACGGCCGGCGACCCCACUGCUCGGCCGUGCGCGGCUGAUGUAUUCGAAACCUUAAAAUCUGCUUUCAGAACAAGUUCUUGUCUCCCAAGCUUAAACUUUAGUUCGCCUGUUUAGGGUUGAAUUCCUAAUAAUAUAGCAUGAUUUUGUUCAGAAAUUUUAUUUUAUUUUUGUUCUACGCACCUGGGUUUCUACUGUUUCUUUUGUCACUCAAAUGUUUUGUUUGAUGGUAUGAAUAUACUUUUUACUA